CUCAAGCCCCUCCCACAACACCGAGCGCGCGCCUGGGGAGCGGCUAGGGGGACCAGGCUGGAGAAGGAGGGAGGGAGAGAGGAGAGGCUCGUGCACGCGCCUCACUCGCUGCGGGUGCGCGAACAGCGCGCACCCGCCGCCCGCGUCGCCAUCUUUUCCCCCUCCGUCUGUCUGUCUGCCGUUGGCUUUGUCCGUCUGCAGCUCUGCCCUUCGGCUCCCCGCCAGCAGCUCGGCCCGCAGCCGCCCUCCGCCUGCCGGGGGCCAGUCCCGGAGAGCCCCGGCCUGGCCGACCCAAGCUGCGGCCGGGGGCCCAUUGUCCGGCGGUCCGUCUGUCCGGAGGCGGGGCCCAGGGACCCGGAGCGCGGCGGAGCGCCGAGGCGCGGGAUACAAAUCACUGGGAUUCAGGCGAGUUUACUUUGCUCCGUGGGAACCGCACGAGAGCUGGAGGUCUGAAAAAGAACUGUGUUUGAUAUGCAGAUAUGAUAGAAGACUGCCUGAAAGCUGCUUCCUUUGCCACUUCCUGUGGAGGCCUGUCUUUGCCAUUUGCGGUUUCUUUCUUCUUUUGGUCAGCACCCUGCAAGGAGGUAGUAACAUAUCCAGUCGUGAAACUGGGAAAGGCCAGAGCUCCUGAAUCAGGGAAACAUGUCCCGUCGGAAACAGACAAAUCCAAAUAAAGUUCACUGGGAUCAAGUAUUUGCUGGGCUAGAAGAGCAAGCCCGCCAGGCGAUGAUGAAAACUGAUUUUCCUGGAGACCUUGGCAGUCAGCGACAAGCUAUCCAACAACUAAGAGAUCAGGACUCCAGUAGCAGUGACAGUGAGGGUGAUGAAGAGGAGACCACACAAGAUGAAGUCUCUUCCCACACAUCAGAGGAAGAUGGAGGAGUGGUCAAAGUGGAAAAAGAGUUAGAAAAUGCAGAACAGCCCAUUGGUGGGAACGAAGUGGUAGAGCAUGAGAUCCCAGAGAAUUUGAAUUCGGACCCCUUACUUGGACUCUGCCAGUGUCCCCUCUGCCAACUAGACUGUGGGAGUCGGGAGCAGCUGAUUGCUCACGUGUACCAGCACACUGCUGCAGUGGUGAGCGCCAAGAGCUACAUGUGUCCUGUCUGUGGCAGGGCCCUUAGCUCCCCAGGGUCACUGGGUCGCCACCUCCUCAUCCACUCAGAGGACCAGAGGUCUAACUGUGCUGUGUGUGGAGCCCGUUUCACCAGCCAUGCCACAUUUAACAGCGAGAAACUUCCUGAAGUACUUAAUAUGGAAUCCCUACCCCCAGCCCACAGUGAGGGCCCCUCCAGUGCUGAGGGGAAGGACAUUGCCUUUAGUCCUCCAGUGUACCCGGCUGGAAUUCUGCUUGUAUGCAACAACUGUGCUGCCUACCGGAAGCUACUGGAAGCUCAGACCCCCAGCGUACGCAAGUGGGCCCUCCGUCGACAAAACGAGCCUUUGGAAGUACGGCUGCAGCGGCUGGAACGAGAGCGCACGGCCAAGAAGAGCCGGCGGGACAAUGAGACCCCCGAGGAGCGGGAGGUAAGGCGCAUGAGGGACCGCGAGGCCAAGCGCUUGCAGCGCAUGCAGGAGACAGAUGAGCAGCGCGCUCGCCGGUUGCAGCGGGAUCGGGAGGCCAUGAGGCUCAAGAGGGCCAACGAAACCCCGGAGAAGCGGCAGGCCCGGCUCAUCCGGGAGCGGGAGGCGAAGCGGCUCAAGAGGAGGCUGGAGAAAAUGGACAUGAUGUUGCGAGCUCAGUUUGGCCAGGACCCUUCUGCCAUGGCAGCCUUAGCAGCUGAAAUGAACUUCUUCCAGCUCCCUGUGAGUGGGGUGGAGUUGGACAGCCAGCUCCUGGGCAAGAUGGCCUUUGAAGAACAGAACAGCAGCUCUCUGCACUGAACCACAUUGACCCACCUUCUGCCCUCCCGCUCACCUACCCACCCAAGUCCACAGCGAUCAGGCUGCAGCCACCCACAGGGCCUUGUCCUUGCUGCCCGAGGCAGGCCCAGGUUUGUUGCAGGUGGACCUGGGCACCUCUUGCAUGUGGAAGCGGGAUGAUGGGGUCAGGCGGGACCCAGCUCAAGGCAGUUCUAGACAAGGGAGCAGGCACUCCGGAGAACUGGACUCCCCAGCCCACUGCUGCAGGGCAUGCUAGGACUUUGGGGCUCCAGUGGAGCCCACGGAGCUGUUGAGGGCAAAUAAAUUAAUUUUAUCUUUACUGGCCCUUUUCUGCUUUUCUCUCAAUUUCAUUCUUGCAAAUAAAGUGAUCUAGGAGAGACCUGGGUGGAAGUUUCCAGGCAGUGGCUUUGGCGUUGUCCUUUCCUGAGAGAGAAUGCUCCUCACCUUAGGGUCUCCAAGCAAAGAUCCCUUACUUGGGCCUUUACAAUUGAGGUGUAACUCUGACUUUAACAACCAGAUGUCGACUUUGCCAGGGCCCACUCCCACAACUAACGAAGGUAAUCCACAGGUCCAAGGGCUAUUGAAACCUAGCUUACCUUUUCCAGACUCAAAAGUAGAUGCCUUUCCUCGUAACUGGCAUUUUCUAAAGAGGAUGCAGUAUUUAGACUAGGUGCUGGCUACUUUUCCAAGCCAAAUUCAGUUUGUCAGACUUCUAAAAUUCAGACAGCUGCACUUAGGAGUAUGUUCCUAGAAAUAGCUGCAAUAUUAAGGUCAUAGCACCAAGAAACUCAUGUUUGGGAAAAGAGGUAAAUCCAUCUUUUUAUUUCUUCUCCAGAGCCAAGGUAGGAUAAUCCAGCUUUAAAGUGAUACGGGAGCUAAAGUCAACAGUGGUCACGGCUACAGCAAAAUGACUCCUCUGGCAGUUUGGAUGGCUGCCAAACCAUGGAGGAGACGAGAGCUGAGAUCAUUUCUAAAAAGCUUCUGUGAUGGUACAGAACAAGCACAGAACUUUCCUUAUCCUGCACCAAAGGUUGUGUACAGUUUAGAUAAUUAUAGGUCCUGAAGUCCAGAAGGAAGUGCCCUAGUUAAGUUGUAGCCAGAAAAAUAACUAUG